GCUGUCAAGAGGGCAAGCAGAGAUAAGGAGCCCUCUCAAUCUCUUGAUCCUGGCCUCAUCGCUGAUACGAUGUCUUCUGCUGUGAGUGCUUUGCCCUCGGCGGCUCAGGCCAAAUCUCCCAAGAAGAGAGCCAAGUCUCAGAGGAAGAAGACGGGUCCUACAGUGUCAGAGCUGAUCCUGAAGGCUGCAUCCGCGUCCACAGAGCGCGGCGCCGUGUCCCUGGCAGCCCUGAAGAAGGCGUUGAAGGCCGGAGGAUACGAUGUGGUGAAGAACAAAGCCAGAAUCCUCAUCGCCAUCAGACGCUUGGUGGCCAGCAAAUCCCUGCUCCGAACCAAGGGCACCGGGGCCUCUGGUUCCUUCAAGGUGAACAAGAAGCCCCCCACACCUCGGAAGAAAAGGGUGGUGAAGAAGCCAAAGGCGAAAAAGGUGAAGAAGGCCAGAAGCAAGAAAGCAGCUGGAGGUGCCACUCCAGCAGCCAAGAAGUCCCCUAAAAAAAGAAAGAUUAAGGCAAAGAGUCCGAAGAAAGCAAAGAGGCCCGCAGCGGCCAAGAAACCCAAAAAGCCAAAGAGUCCCAGCAAGGUCAAAAGCAGGGUCGCCAAGUCUACCAGGACCAGGGCUGCUGCCAAGAAGUGAAAACUCUCUGAAUGAACCCUGAAUGCGACCUAACGCCUUUCUGGUCACGGUUGACUCGUCUAACGUGUGGACCAAAAGUCUGCCUUCAUUCUGAGAACUUGAGCUUGCUCUACUUAUUUUACAGUUUUUCUAUAAUGGAAAACACUGAUCCUGCUGUUGUGAUGCAUCUGUCUCUGACACCAUAUGCCAUGGUUUUGAAAAAGGAAUUUAGCGAUUGUAAAAAUAAAUAAAUAAUAAACCCAUUUAAUGUA